ACAGACAGCGACAGUGAAGUCGACGAAGAUAUUAGUCCGUUAAUUUCUCCUCCAGUUAAACAGAUAGAGAGUACAGGAGGAUUUUUCUCAUGUCGCAAUGUGCUGGCAUUGAUGGCAUUCAUGGGCUUUGUGAAUGUCUACGCACUCCGUGUCAACCUCAGCGUUGCCCUUAUCGCCAUGGUCAACGAGACGGACUCCAAGUCCCUGAACUCAACUGAUGGACAAUGUCCAGUGACAGAAGUGAAUUCAACAUCCCCUUUUAAAAAGAAUGGAAACUUUAACUGGGAUGAAAACCUUCAGGGUCUCAUUCUGGGUGCCUUCUUCUAUGGUUACAUCACCACCCAAAUCCCUGGGGGUUGGCUGGCCAACUGGAUGGGGGGGAAGGUCCUCUUUGGGGGCGGAAUAUUUAUAACUGCUUUGCUGAGCAUUGUGAUUCCAAUCUGUGCCAAAACCAGUGUGUCUUUACUGAUAGCUGUCAGGGUGGUACAGGGAAUAGGAGAGGGUGUCACAUUUCCCGCCAUGCAUGCUAUGUGGGGAAGGUGGGCCCCACCAUUAGAGAGGAGUCGACUGGUUUCUUUUAGCUACGCAGGAGCUCAACUGGGCACUGUUAUAGCUCUCCCUAUCUCAGGGUACCUGUGUCAGUCAUCACUUGGAUGGGAGUCAGUGUUUUAUGUAUUUGGUGGCGUUGGUUGUGUCUGGUGUGUUGCCUGGAUGUUCAUAGUCUCUGACAGCCCAGCAAAACACCCCAGGAUAAGCAGAGAGGAGAAAGACUAUGUGGAAACCAGCAUUGGUGUGGAUAAACACAAGGAUUUAAAGACACCUUGGUUCUCCAUUUUAACCUCCAUGCCAUUCUGGGCAAUCCUGAUGGCUCACAUGUGCAAUAACUGGGGGUUCUACACACUCCUGACCACCCUGCCUAAAUACAUGAGAGAAAUCCUCAAGUUUGAUAUAGCACAGAAUGGCUUCCUGUCGGCUGUGCCAUAUCUGUGCAUGUGGAUUAUAGGAAAUGUAUCAGGGAUAUCGGCUGAUUAUUUACGUCAUAAUAAAAUACUGUCAACAACUGCAGUGAGAAAACUCUACAAUGGCUUAGGUUUGAUGUUUCCAGCAGUUUUCUUAAUAUGUGUAACUAUCAUAAAAUGCAACCACAUUCUGGCUGUCUUGUUCCUCUCCAUGGCAGUGGGGUUAGAAGGCAUGAUCUACGCAGGGUUUAAUGUCAACCACCUUGAUAUUGCUCCAGCAUAUGCAGGAACUUUGUAUGGCCUCACCAAUCUGGCAGCCACAAUUCCAGGUUUUCUAGGGCCACAGGUUGUUGGUAUACUUACAGACAAUAAUAAUACCAUGUGUCAGUGGCACAAGGCACUUUACAUAGCCUCAGGUAUAUAUGCAUUUGGAGCCAUCUUCUAUGCGAUCUUUGGUUCUGGUGCAGAACAGAGAUGGGCCAAAAAGCCGCUCUACCAAGCCAAGAACCUUCAAGAUACAUUGACAAACCACGACAGCACUCAAUUACACAGGGCCGGCGGGGGUCAUGUUCCGCCGUUUUCGUCACUGCAUCGAAACAACAUGACAAUUAAUGGCUUCCUGUCGGCUGUGCCAUAUCUGUGCAUGUGGAUUAUAGGAAAUGUAUCAGGGAUAUCGGCUGAUUAUUUACGUCAUAAUAAAAUACUGUCAACAACUGCAGUGAGAAAACUCUACAAUGGCUUAGGUUUGAUGUUUCCAGCAGUUUUCUUAAUAUGUGUAACUAUCAUAAAAUGCAACCAUGUUCUGGCCGUCUUGUUCCUCUCCAUGGCGGUGGGUUUAGAAGGCAUGAUCUAUGCAGGGUUUAAUGUCAACCACCUUGAUAUUGCUCCAGCAUAUGCAGGAACCUUGCUUGGUUUCACCAACUGUGCAGCCACAAUACCAGGUUUUCUAGGACCACAGGUUGUUGGUAUUCUUACAGAUGAAAAUAAUACCAUGGUCCAGUGGCACAAGGCAUUUUACAUAUCGUCUGCAGUGUACGCAUUUGGUGCCAUCUUCUACGUGAUCUUUGGAUCUGGCGUGGAACAAGGUUGGGCCAAAAAGCCACUCAACGCAACCAAGAAUGUGCAGGAGUCCGUGACGCACUACGACAGCACCCACUUUCAGGGGGUCAACAGCCUUCAUGUCCCACCAUAUACAUCACCACAUGCAAAGCCCAUGCUGCAUGAUGACUAAGUAAGAGCUCAUUCAGGACAGGGGACUAACAGAUCUGCGGAUCGAAUAUGGCCGACUCACUUGAAUGCUUGUUGCGUAAUUCCUGCAGGAAAUCUUUUCAGUGUCUAAUCCUGAAUUAAGUGGAAAUCUUUAUAGUGGGUCGCCAUAUUUGAUCUGGGAAUCUGUUAGCACAUGUACUGUUUUGACGGUGCUCUAAGGAGGGAGACCUAGAGUUGUGACUGUGCUUUUGGAACAGUUGAGCAAUUUCUGGAUCCCAUUUUGUGUAAAAUCUCACUUUAAAAAUUAUUACAGUAGUCCUGGCAUUUGACCUUCUGAGAUAAAUGGGUCACUUGCCGAUAAUGUCUGAUGUCAAAGAACGACAUACAAUUGUAACAAACUUCCCACGUAAUGGAUAAAAAUAGCUGGUCCCAGUGGGAGGCAUUAGAGAUCACUCAAAAUCUCAAAGGCUUGGCAUAAAAUCGAGGUCUCCGGACUUUGCACAAAAUCAAGUGAGAUCCGGAGUAGAGUGGGAUCAGAAAUAAAGGCAGACUUGCCAGUGCAGUGUGGCAAUGGGCAAAAGCUGACCAUAUUUAUUUUGUUUUGUUUUUUUUUUCUAUCAAAUUCUGUCGAAUCAUAGGUUAUUGCACAAUUGUUCAUUUCAGCUUUCUAAGACAAUGUUCCUGGCUCAAAAAAUUCACCAUUCUCAGUGGAAAGUUAACUCCACAUCAUGCAAAUUCUCAAACAUUUUCACGUCACAUGCUGAUAACCUUUUUUUUAGUUUAUCUUGUAUGAUUCCCUUGGGAAUCCUCUUUACUUGGCACGUGUUUAAACAAUGAAACCAUAUUAAUAAUUUGAAACCACGUUGGUGGCGUGUGCUAUACACAAUACUGAAUUAAUACUUACAAGUGAUUUAACUUUAUUUAUUGAGGGCGAAACAAGGAAAAUAUAUGAUUUAUCUUCCUUAUGUCCCUCUUUGUGGUGCAGAAGAAACGGGUACCUUUAUGUUUUGAUGUGCUUUUCCAGGGCAAGUGAAAUUUAACAAUUAAAGGCUGUGCUUAGGAUAGAAGUUAUCAUACUAGCAGGAGCAAUCUCCCUUAGGCAGUGUCAUUCACUAGUGGGCUAGA